AUGACCGCUGAGGAGAUGAAGGCGGCCGAGAGCGGGGCGCAGUCGGCGCCGCUGCCCCUCGAGGGGGUAGACAUUAGCCCCAAGCAAGACGAAGGCGUGCUGAAGGUCAUCAAGCGAGAGGGCAUGGGCACAGAGUUGCCCAUGAUUGGGGACCGAGUCUUUGUCCACUACACUGGCUGGCUGUUAGAUGGCACUAAGUUUGACUCCAGUCUGGACCGCAAGGACAAAUUCUCCUUUGACCUGGGCAAAGGGGAGGUCAUUAAGGCUUGGGACAUUGCUGUAGCAACCAUGAAGGUGGGAGAAGUGUGCCACAUCACGUGCAAACCCGAAUAUGCCUACGGUUCAGCAGGCAGCCCUCCAAAAAUCCCCCCCAAUGCCACACUUGUGUUUGAGGUGGAGCUCUUUGAGUUCAGGGGAGAGGACCUGACAGAAGAAGAAGAUGGCGGAAUCAUCCGGAGAAUACGGACUCGGGGUGAAGGCUAUGCCAGGCCCAAUGAGGGCGCUAUCGUGGAGGUUACACUGGAAGGGUACUAUAAGGACCAGAUGUUCGACCAGCGGGAGCUCCGCUUUGAGGUUGGUGAGGGGGAGAGCCUGGACCUGCCUUGUGGGCUGGAGAAAGCCAUUCAGCGCAUGGAAAAAGGAGAACGUUCCAUUGUGUACCUCAAGCCCAGCUAUGCUUUUGGCAGUGUUGGGAAGGAAAAAUUCCAAAUCCCACCAAAUGCUGAGCUGAAAUACGAAGUACACCUCAAGAGUUUCGAGAAGGCCAAGGAGUCUUGGGAGAUGAACUCCGAGGAGAAGCUGGAACAGAGCACCAUAGUGAAAGAGCGGGGCACUAUGUACUUCAAGGAAGGCAAGUACAAGCAAGCUUUACUGCAGUACAAGAAGAUUGUAUCCUGGCUGGAAUAUGAGUCGAGUUUCUCUAAUGAGGACGCACAGAAGGCACAGGCCCUUCGCCUGGCCUCCCACCUCAACUUGGCCAUGUGUCAUCUGAAACUACAGGCCUUCUCGGCUGCCAUCGAAAGCUGUAACAAGGCCCUGGAACUGGACAGCAACAACGAGAAGGGCCUUUUCCGCCGGGGAGAGGCCCACCUGGCGGUGAAUGACUUUGACUUGGCACGGGCUGACUUCCAGAAGGUCCUGCAGCUCUACCCCAGCAACAAAGCCGCCAAGGCCCAGCUGGCUAUCUGCCAGCAGCGGCUCCGCAAGCAGCUCGCUCGGGAGAAGAAGCUCUAUGCCAACAUGUUUGAGAGGCUAGCUGAGGAGGAGAGCAAGGCCAAGGCAGCAGUAGCUGCAGGAAACCAUCAUGCUGACAUGGAGAUGAAGGAUGACCAGAAGAAUGAUGUGGCAGGGAGCCAGCCUCAGGUGGAGACGGAAGCAUAG